AUGAUGGCAAGCGUGUUCUCGAUGCAAGGCUUUGGCCAACUGCUGGCUGCGGUCGUCGCACUGACAGUCACGGUCGCCUUCAAGGAGUCUUUCAUCGGCAUCGCAGAUAUUUCCGAUUGUGACUUGGGCUGCCAGAUUGCAGCCGAUAGGUGCUGGCGCAUAAUCGUCGGCGUGGGAGCGCUACCAGCAGUCUUUGCGCUGUAUUACCGGAUAACCAUCCCUGAGACACCGCGUUAUACAUUCGAUGUUGUCCAUGACGUGGAGAAGGCGGACAGCGAUAUCAACUCUUUUUUGAGCAAGUCCAAGGGAGAGCUCGAUAUUGUGCGGCAGGCUCGUCUGCUAAAGGUCGCUGGGCCCUCACUGGCGACGCCGGCGGCUUCUUGGCGGGAUCUGGGAUCGUAUUUUGGACGUUGGAAGAAUGCGAAGGUGCUACUUGGCACAACACUCAGCUGGCUCUUCCUCGAUCUCGCAUUCUACGGCCUAGGCCUGAACAACUCGAUUGUUCUCUCAGCAACAGGCUAUGUCAAUGGUGAAACCCUCUACCACAAACUCUACAACAACGCAGUGGGCCUCAUAAUAUUAUCCGUUGCCGGCUCCUUGCCCGGCUACUGGACCGCGAUCUUUACAAUCGACACCAUAGGCCGGAAACCCCUUCAGACCGGCGGCUUCCUGGUCCUCACAAUACUCUUCUGCAUCUUGGGCUUCGCCUACCACCACCUCAACGCGGGCUCCAUGUUCGCCCUCUACAUCAUCGCCCAGUUCUUCUUCAACCUGGGCCCCAACACAACCACCUUUAUCGUGCCAGGCGAGUGCUUUCCUACACGCUAUAGGGCAACAGGUCACGGGCUGUCGGCAGCAGCGGGAAAGAUUGGCGCCAUCAUAGCCCAGAUCAUAUCCCUCCCGCUCAUGACCAAGAGGGACGACGGCAGCGCCGACCUGGACACCCUGCUGCAGAUAUUCGCGCUCUUCAUGCUCUGCGGCCUCUUCACAUCCUUCCUCAUCCCCGAGACCAAGGGGCUCACGCUCGAGGAGCUGGCCGGCGAGGCCCCCACGAGCUACAACUCGGGCCGUAACGGGAGCAUCUCCUUUGAUGACGCGGCGCACCUGCACCGGCGCUGGAACCCCUUCGCCGGCGGGAAGCCCGCCGGGUUCACAUACUCGCGCUCCAAGGGCGCGAGGGCGGCGUGGAGGGCGUCGGACCCGGAGACGUGCAAGCCGGCGCCCGUGAGCAGGGACUGGUGGAGGAGGGCGACCAGGCGACACGGGUCCGGCGGCGGCGGGCAUCACAGUAGUGACUUCGGGAUGAGUAGCAGCACCUCGUCGACGAGGAUGAUCGGUGCUGAGCGUCCCAUCUCUCCGCCACCAGGCAGUGUCCCUGCUUGGAACGCGGGCUGGGGCAGAAUUGACCGAGGCCGGCCACCGGAUAAUAUAAUGUUGGAGGAUGUAGGGGGUCUCGUCGCUAAGUAG